AUGAGGAAACUCUACAAGAAAGUCAUAAACAAAGCACAUUUACAUAGAAGGGGCGCAGGAAUAGUGGACGCUGACCGCAGCCUUGCGACAGAAGCUGAGCGCCCUUCAACAGAAGCCCAUCGCGAUGAUAAACCCCAGAAUGCCUCUCUUCCUAUUGAAAACCCGUUCAAUAAAGCAAUGAAGAAGCUUCAAACCCGGCAACCAUGGGAAGAAGCUUACAAUGCUAUUCAAGAAAGCCAUCCGGAUUUAAUCAAUGUGUACACUCGGGCUUUACUUGAAUGGGGUGGUCAUACAGGAGAUAAGGCCCUGAACCAACUUCAAGAGGCGCAAGCCCUUGCUCAGGAACAACUUGAAGUGUGGCAGUCGGAGCAAUUUCGUUUGUCAUUCAAUGGAAAGGACAUCAUCGUUGGAGAAUUGGCGAGAAAGGUUGUCGGAGUUGUGCUCUCUGUUAAAGAUGUGGUCUCUUUCGCCAUUUCAGCUGAUCCCCAUGCUGCGUUGGCCUGGGCCGGAGUUAUGGUUGCUCUCCCAGUGCUCGCAAACAUCUUGAAGCAGGACUCGGAUGCCAUGAGUGGAUUGGAUGACAUUUCUGCUCUGCUAGUUCGCUAUCGCUAUGUGGAGGAAGACAAAUACUACAGAGCAGCCAUGACCUCAGCGACCUCGGUUGACAAGGUGAAUCUUCUUUUGCUCAUCCAAGACAAAUUCGUCGAUAUGUAUUCCCAGAUAUAUGUCUAUCAGCUCCGCCUCAUAAAGCAUUUCCGACAUCAUAAAGCCGCUAGAUAUUUCGAAAACCUGAAGGACAGCCUCGGAGACGAAGAUUGGAGUACAAGCCUUAAUAAGCUACAGACAACUAGGGAUAGCCUCGAUCGCGACCUGGAAUCUGUCACAAACGGCAUGAUCUUUGAGAUUGGGAGCAAAGUCGAUAAGUUUUCGAAAAUGGUCGAGGACCUCAAGAAGGAGUUGAGAAACCAGACUCGUCUGAUGUCGGAGCAGAGAGAUCGAAUAUUGAGGGCUUUCAAGUACUCUGCCAUGGCCCCAUUCAAUUCAUUCAGAAACGCUGAAGAGCCAAGGUGUCUCAAAGACACCCAAGUGGAGACGUUGGACAUGCUUCAGAAUUGGUGCAAGGGCGACGGAAAUCCAGUGCUCUGGCUUCAUGGGAUGGCUGGAACGGGCAAGUCAACAAUUGCUCGGACUAUUGCAUGGGCGCUUCAGGACAGACAGUGGCCAGAUGGCAGCCCUGUUGAUGCUACUAUCAGACUGGGGGGAAGUUUCUUUUUCAAUCAAUUUGAGCCGGAACGCAACAACAGCCAGUACCUUUUCCCAACCCUGACACAGUGCUUGGCGGAGUCCUUGCCGGACAUAAGGCAGUACAUUGUUGAUGCCAUUGAUCAGGAUGCGCGCAUCGAAGAAAAAGGACUUCGAGUACAAUGGGCUAACCUCAUUUCCGAGCCAUUGCAUAAGCUUACCAGUUCUUCACAGGCUCACUGGCGCUUCAUUAUGAUUGUUGAUAGCCUUGAUGAGUGUAGGGACCAAGACAAAGUUGCCACUGUGUUGAAACUGUUGGCCUCCAUAAGAGAUCUGCCAUCUGUUCGAUUCUUAAUCACCAGCCGCCCAGAAGCCCACAUUCGAUUUGCUAUUGAGAGCCUGCCGCCCGAACUGUACCUUUCGCAGCCACUUCAUAAGAUCUCACCUGAGAGUGAUGACAUCACUCGCUUUCUUGAAACAGACUUGAAAAGAAUCAGGGAAGAAUACAAAUCCACGAUGCCAGAGGGCUGGCCAGGUCAAGUGAAUAUCGAAAAGCUGAAGGAGAAGUCAGACGGACUUUUUGUGUAUGCUUCAACGUGUUGCCGGUUUCUGGAAGAUCCAUACUACUAUUCCUCCCGACUGGAUCAAAUCCUCAAAGACGAUAGCGAAGCUGAAACCCCCCAGGCGAAGUUGGACAACAUCUAUAUCAGGGUCAUAGAGAUGUCUCUGAAUGCGAGAUCCAAGAAAGAGCGGGAAAUCAUGAUCGAAGACUUCCGACUGAUUGUUGGGACUAUCAUGGUCAUAUUCAAGCCAGCCUCAGCUUCCACUUUAGAAGCACUUUUGUUCUCUUCAUCCUCGAAGGAUAAGCGUAUCCAAAGAUGCGUUGAGCCUCUCAGAUCGCUUUUGGAUGUUCGGGCAGCAAAUGAUCCAAUUCGUCCAGUUCAUCUUUCUUUGCGUGACCUUUUGUUGAGUCGUGAGCGCUGCAAAAGCACCCCAGAGCUUUACAUCAAUCCUCAACAGCUGCACUUGAUCUUGUUUGAAAGAUGUAUGGAAACAAUGAAGAGCCUUAAGCAAAAUCUUUGUGACUUCGUACUUCCUGACUCAUCACCGUCAGAUGUUUCCUCGGAAAGUCUGGAGACUUUCCUACCAGCUGCAUUGUUGUACGCAUGUCGCUAUUGGAUCGAUCAUCUGAUGCAGCUGAGCAGUGAUGAACAGAGCGAGUUACUGAAUGAUAAUGGGGGCAUUAUUGAAUGCUUUAUUCGACAAAAGCUUCUCUUCUGGUUCGAAGCAUUGAGCCUCAUGGGUGAGCUUGAAGUUGGUGUUUCUCAACUUGGUGCUCUCCAGGACCUUGCUCGGGUAUAUCAUUUUCACGUCGCCCCUAUCCAUAUCCUUAUAAUUACUGACAUCUCAGUUCAGGACUCUCAUCACUUCUUGCUUGUUAGAGACGCGAGAAGGUUCCUACUUCACAAUAGGCAUAUCAUCGAGCAAGCGCCGUUGCAGGUCUAUUCAUCUGCUCUGGUAUUUUGUCCAAUGAAAAGUCCCAUCAAAGAGAUUUAUUCACAUCUCAUACCCUCAUGGAUAAUACAGCAACCUGUCAUGGACGAUGGCUGGUCUCGGGAGCUCCUUGCCAUUGAAUUUGAAACCAAAACCAGUCUCAGGAUUGUAUUAUCCCCAGAUGGUAAGACAGGUGCUUCGUUGUUUUGCUAUUGGGAUGGCAAUUAUUAUGUCAAGCUAUGGAGCACUCAAACAGGGAAGGUGAAGUACCAAACAAAAGUGGCGAGAGGAUAUGAUAUUCAAAUUUCGAGAGAUGGGGGUCUACUAGCACAUGGGACUGAAGACGGAAGAGUCAGGCUAUGGAAGUUUGAGACUGAUGAAGAGAAUUUUCUUGGUGAAGUGGGCAAAAAGAGCAAUAUCCAACGUAUUGCCUUCUCCCCGAAUAGCGACUCUCUGAUAUUUUUGAGAGAGGAUAAAUCUGUUGAACUCUGGAACUAUCGCCUUUGUCAACAGAUUUAUGCACCCUUAACUCCUUAUCAGGACCUUAACAUCACCCUUGACACAUUUGAGGUUGGGUUUUUGUUCAAUGAUGAGGUAGUGGUGCUCCAUUCGAAUUUAUUCACAAAUGUCUGGGAGAUCCACUUGCUAUGUGAAGCAGGCACAGAACUUGAGUGUAUUGCAGAGGGUGAGGCGCCUGCAGGUUCGAGAACUAUCUUCUCCAUUUCGAGGAAUGGGCACCGAGUUCUCAUAUCAAAUGGGCGGCUGGUUGAAAUAUGGGAUGCCAAAACAGGCCAACUGAGUCCCAAGAUGAUAGCUUGUGGCGAAAUAGAUGGGCCCGAUCCUCGCAAGAUCCUUGCAACGGCUUUAUCUUCCGACGGUCGCUUCUUCGCAACUUCCGCAAAAGACAAUACUGUCCGCAUCUGGGAUUCAGUUACUCACACCCAGAUCCUAUCUUUUUCAUGUGACUAUAGGAAAGCUGACAAAAUUGCGUUUUCCCAAGAUGGAUCACUGUUGGCAUCAGUCUCAGACAAUGCCAUAGUUCGACUAUGGGACAUUACAGUUGAUCGCCCCCACACUAAGCUCGCCAAUCCUGAAGUCAAAAUGACUUACCCCUUUGGGAUCGAGGUUAUCACGAAUACUCAAAAUGCUACCACGAUGUUGCGGAAAGAAGACACGGGGAGUUGUCGGUUUUAUACUGAAGACUUCAGUUCUCUCCAAAUCUCGAUGCAGGGUAACUUGAUCGUACUGAUACUGAGGCGGGCAAAGACACCCAAUCUAUAUACAGCUCAUUUGUUGAGUAUGGACUUUGAAAGGCAGUCUCCCGGGUUUGACCUUGGAGACCAAGAUCCACGAUACUUUGGAGAUAUACGAGAAGCUAGAGAAAUACGAGAGGUGAUCGUAUCAUCCUCUGACGGGGAGAAACUGGCUGUUCUUGGUGAGAAGCAUGUAUGGGUAUUGGACGCAGGAGUGUCUGAAGAAUUAUCUAUUUCUCUACCAGAGAAACCCUAUAGUCUUCAAUUCUCACCAGACAGUCAAUUUGUCGGUAUUAUCCUCUCACGCGGCGUCGAGAUAUGGGACCUGAAAAACAAGAAGAGGGUCAUCCUGCGUACAAAACUCCCGGGCAGGCCGGUCUUAGGAUUCUCACCGAAGUCUGAUGCUGUUGCCUUUUGGGUCCGAGAUCUUCAUUUUCUUGAUUUCGAUCCAAGCUGUUUGUUACUUGAGGUUUGGCAAAUAAGCGGGCAUCCUCAUCAGCAAGUGAAUGAACGUACCCCUCUUUCGGAUGAUUCAAUACGUACUGGCUCGUUGAUCUAUUCUGCAGAUGGUGAUUAUAUUGUUAUGCUGACGCGGCAAUCUUCUGGCAAAGCCUCGCAUUUUACGACCCGCUAUACUCUUGUUCUACUUACGUACAAUCUAGCAACAGGAUUGAUUGAGAACAUACCAUGUGCGGCAGGACUAUAUCUUCCUGACGGUCCAAUGGCGGCCUGGUCAGAUUUGAUUGCUACAGCACGGGCUUCACGACUCGAGCAGCUCAUAAUUGUCGUCAUCAAUUGCAAAACUGGAGAGCGGGUUUGCACAUUUUACACUUUAUUGGCAGGGGAACACUUGAGAUCCAAAGAAAUCUCAUUUUCAAAUGAUGGUCGGUAUCUCAAUAUCGAUCGAGGGCAAGUUCUCAUCCCGGUCGAUAAUCGUUCCCCAACAACUGAAAUGUAUUGUCCAUCCAGUUUGUGGAUCGGGGAAGAGUGGAUCUUCCAAAGAGGGCGAAAGUUGCUAUGGAUUCCUCCUGAAUUCCGGGAUCGUCGCAUGAGUGUGCAGUAUGACGAAAUUUGGGUCUAUCCGAAGUCUAGGAAUGUUGGGUCUAUUGUCUUCUUCAAACUCGAUCUUGGAAAGACUCCUUUUGCUGCUGAGGUGCCACCUGAAGGAGAAGGGUUUCGCUAUGAUGAGCAAGAGAGGGUGAUGUAUCUUGGCUAG